CUUUUCCCCUUAACCCAAAGGUUGCUACCCGCAAUCCAUGUUCUGAACGAAACAAUAAAAUUGAUAUUCGUUCAAUUUCAAAGAUCCAAUCUCAUCAAUUGAAAGAAUCUUUGAAUGAAUGGAAUUCUUCACAUUCCUUAUACUUUAAUCAUACCCUAAUUCUCAUCCAAUCUAUAAGAAGUACCAACCUCCCCUCCAAUCAAAUAAUCUUACAACUAAUCUCCCGACAACCCCACCCAUAAAAUUCCUCUUACGUCUUUCUCAUCCGGCUCUCAGCUCAGUGACCAACAAACAACAAACAUGGAGGCCUCCCCAGAAACCCAUAUUCGAAAGAAAGCAGAUACGGCAACAAUUCCCGAAACACCCCAACCCAUAACACAACGCAGCACCCAAUCGCAACUCCCCGUAUCGCGUGUCAAACCCACUCAAGACGAACCUAUCCCUAAUCUCCCCGAUACCCACCAUCUAGUCCUGACCGAAUACCAAAUCGCAAUCUCGACUUUCGAUACCCGAUUCCUAAGUAUGGGCGUCCUUCUAAUCCAAGCCUCAUCUUCAUAUUCGGAUCUUGUAGAUGCCAUUAGAGGCCGCGCAAGCAAUUGGGAGGAUGUUCCAUUGAGGUGUAGGGAGAAAAGUAUUGCGGUGAGAUGGGAGAUUGGUCAGAUGGUUUAUGAUGAUUCGUAUGAUACUGUUUGUGGUCCUGAUGUUGUUAUGGAUAGGCUUAUAUUCAUGACGCGCGAGAGGGGCUGGAGGGAUCGUUUGAUUGUUGUGUAUCAUGUGGAGGAGAAUGAUAGCGGUGAUGAUAGUGAGCCGAAGGUUCGGAAGGCUUCUCCAAUACUGUGAAGAUCAGCGGAUCGUGAGGGG